AUGACACUGUAUUUCGACACGAAAAUAGAGUUUCUGGACUCGGAUGCAGUUAGCACCAUCAGCAGUUGGCAUCCCAGUGAGCCCCUAUUCGCAGUGGCCUCUUUCAGUCCCGAAAGAGGCGGUUCCGUUACCAUAUUUGCGGAUACGGGUGAACCGCAGCGCGAUGUAACCUAUCCGGUGCACGCCACCUCGCAGGCAACUGCGCUGUGCUGGCAUCCGGAGAAGGCGCUCCUGGCCAGUGGCUGGGAGCACGGCGACAUCCACGUGUGGUUCGCCGGCCACCGGGAGUUCGCCAGCGUGAAUGCUCCGCACAAGGCGGCCAUUGUCCUGCUGCAGUUCAGCGAGCAGGGCGGCAGGAUGGUCACGGCGGAUGCGAUGGGUCUGGUUACCGGAUGGCGCUGCGACGGUCAGUACCAGUUCCUGACAAUGUUCUCGCACGAUCUGCGCGAGGUGCUGCUGCUCAUCUGUUUCCGGCGCACCGUGGAGAGCGAGGUGCGCGAGGAGAUGGCCAGUUUGGCCAAGGCGGCGGUGGCCGGCGACGAGAAUGCCCUGGACACCCUGACCAACUGGAGGCCGCGGACGGCAGCGCGCAGCAUGACGCACUCGGGAGUGCGGGACAACCACUGCUUCUACGCCUGCACCCAGGGUGGAGUGGUCUACUACAUCAACCAGGGAGGCGCCUGCGUCGAGGUGAUGAAGUGCGGCUCCCUGCCGCCCAUUGUCCAGAUGUUGUGGCACCCAAAAAAGGACGCUGUCAUUUGCCUGAUGGAGGACCUCACAGUCACCCUAUUUUUAGUGGAAUCCACUGGGAUUCUCACGGAACUGGACAGAGUGAAGAUGAGCGGAAGGGGCGGAGGACGACAUGGAGGCAUCGCCUGGUCCGGAAACUCCCUGGCCAUCAUCACAGGCGAUCUGUUCGUGCGCAUUUGGGACAUCGAGAGGAGUGACAAUUACCUGUUGAAAAUGGAUCUGCCGAGCAACAACCAUAUAGGCUCAUCCCUGACCAGUUUGAGCAAUGGCACCAUGUCCUCCUCGAACCAAUUCUUCAGCCACGACAGCAGCGAGAGCAGCAGUGUGCCCCGCAAGACGCCGAAGUAUGGCCAACUGAAUGGGGAGAUCUUCACCUGCCUGGCCUACAGUUCCACUGCUCAGACUCUGUGUGCCGGCAGCUCGCAGGGGAAUCUCUUCACCUGGAAGAGGAGCAGCAGCCGACUGGUGAGUGCUCCCGAGGAUGCCUGGCAGCUGACCAAUGUAUCCUCUGUGCGCGGAGCCAUCCGGAGCUGCGAGUGGGGAUUUAAUGAGCUGGCCAAGCCCUGCAUGCUGGUCAACUGCCUGUCCAAUGUCUAUAUGCUGAAGGAGCAGCCUCUGCUGGCUGUUCAUACGAGGGAUCUCUGGGCUGUCCAGAGAUCGGCCAAAUCGGUGCAGUUGACGCACUGCAGCGGCAGGGAGACCACUGUGCAGUCAGAGUUCCCAGUCACCGCGAUGGCCUUAAACGAUCUGAGUCUGGUGAUGAGCAACGGCAGGAGCAUUUCAUCCUACAGCCUCCAGAAGGUGGAGAAGAGCCUGGAUGAGUUCGACGAGAUACUGGAAACGGUGGAGAGCAGUGCUCCACCCACAACGGAAACUCCUACAGCGACUCCUUUGAGUGUGAAGCUCCUCCAGACCUUUCCCGCUGAAUGCCUGUCCCUGGAUCUCUAUAACCAGAACAUAUUCUGCCUCGCCAGCAGCGAUAUCAUGGUCUACUCCGUGGGUGGAGUGGUGCUCCAUAGGAUACAACCCAGCGACAUUGAAGGAAAGAUCAUCGGAAUGGAUUUGAGUGGCUGCUAUCUCUCGGUUUUCACCAUGAAUGGCUAUGUGAAGGCCUACGAUGUUUCCCGACACGAUCCCAAGUUGCUGUUUCCCAGCAAAUCGGGACAUGACAUCUUUGAUGACUUCGGGGAGUUCAUCCUGGUCAAGUGUAACAGCUUGGGAAGCCAUUUGGCAAUGGUGAUAGCCAGCAGCAAUUUCACCCCCAUAUCUGGACUAUUCUGCUGGGAUUUUGAGCGCAACAACCUCUUUGAAUAUGGUUUCCUCGAGGAGGAGGCGACUCUAAGUUCUAAAAAGGACAUCUCUUCAUCUAGCCUGCCGGUGAGGAUCUUCUGGGAUGCCGAGGAGCCGCGACUCCUGGCAGUGGAGGUCAAGUCGAUGAUGCAGAAGAACUCUCCACCCCAGAAGAACUCCCAACCCAGUCACUUUGUUCAGUCAAAGAUCUUGCUUUUAUUUUACUCGGAGAAGGGAAGCCUCAAUGUUCUGGAAUCGCAGCCCAUGAGUCCGGGCUCCCAGCUGCUCAAUCUCUGCGUGCCCAACGUGAUCCGCCUGAAGAUCAAUGCGAUGGAGGAGCAACCCCUUCAGGACUUUGUGGAUCUGCAGCAAUGCGAUCCGGUUACCAGGAAGCAGGUCCUGAACUUCAGUCUCUAUGUGGCCGAGGGAAACAUGGAUCUGGCCUACCGCAGCAUUCGAUCCAUUCAAUCGAAGGUGAUCUGGACCAAUCUGGCCAAGAUGUGCGUGCACACGAAUCGCCUGGACGUGGCCAAGGUGUGCAUGGGCCACUUGGAGCAGGCCCGAUCCGUUCGUGCUCUGCGGCAGGCCAUCGAGGAUGACGACCUGGAAACGGAGGCCAAGGUGGCCGUUCUGGCCAUUGAACUGGGGAUGAUCGAGGAGGCCAAGGAUCUGUAUCGCCGCUGCAAGCGCUUCGAUUUGCUCAACAAGCUUCUCCAGUCCAUUGGUCAUCUGGAGGAGGCACUACAGCUGGCCGAGACGGAGGAUCGGAUCCACUUGAAGCACACCUACUACCAGAAGGCCCAGGAGCUGCGGGAAAGGGGCGAUAUCAAGGGAGCUCUGGAGUACUUUGAAAAGACCCAGAAUCCGGCGCAGAAUAUCACGCAGCUGCUGCUCGAAAAUCCGGCGGCCAUGAAGCGCUACAUCCAGACCACCAGCGAUCCCAAGCUGCUCAAGUGGUGGGGCCAGUACAUCGAGAGCUCCGGGGACAUGGACGCCGCCCUGGCGGUCUAUCACAAGGCGGAGGAUUGGUUCUCGCAGGUCAAGAUCCUCUGCUACCUGGGCAAGAUCUCCAAGGCGGACGCGAUUGCCAGGCAGUCGGGAGAUCGGGCGGCCUGCUAUCACCUGGCGCGGCACUACGAGAACGUGGGCAAGUUCCAGGAGGCCAUCAUGUUCUUCACGCGCGCCCAGACCUUCAGCAACGCCAUCCGCAUCUGCAAGGAGAACGACUUCCAGGAGGAGCUGUGGACGGUGGCCAGUUCGUCGAGGCAGCGGGACAAGGCCAUAGCAGCCGCCUACUUCGAGGAGUGCGGCAACUUCAAGCACGCCGUGGAGCUCUACCACCGGGCCGGGAUGCUCCACAAGGCGCUGGAGAUGGCCUUCGAGUCCCAGCAGCCGGAGAUCCUGGAGAUCAUUGCCUCCGAUCUGGUGCCCGAGUCGGAUGCCGAGUUGAUCAACCGCUGUGCGGACUUCUUCUGCAGCAUCGAGCAGUUCCAGAAGGCGGUGCAUCUGCUGGCCAAGACCAGGCAUCUGGAGCGAUCGUUGGGCAUUUGCCUGGAGAAGGGCGUGCCGGUGACCGAGGAGCUGGCCGAGAUGCUCACCCCGGAGAAGGGCGAGUUCGAGGAGGCGACGCGCGUCCACAUCCUCGUGCAGUUGGGUGAGUUGCUGCAGCAGCAGGGCGACUACCACAGUGCCACCAAGAAGUUCACCCAGGCGGGCGAUAAAAUUCGCGCCAUGAAGAGUCUCCUGAAGUCGGGCAACACGGACAAGAUCAUAUUCUUCGCCAAUAUGUCCAGGCAACGCGAGGUCUACAUCAUGGCAGCCAACUAUCUGCAGGCGUUGGACUGGCAGUCGGAUGCCCAGGUGCUCAAGCACAUCGUGACCUUCUAUACCAAGGGGCAGGCCUUCGAUUCGCUGGCCAACUUCUACGCCAUCUGUGCCCAGAUCGAGAUCGAGGAGUUCCAGGACUACGGCAAGGCCCUGACCGCCAUGCAGGAGGCCUCAAAGUGUCUGGAGAGGCUCAGCCACGCCCAGCACGUCUACAACAACCUGCAGCGAACGGUGGCGGAUGUCAAGGCGAUCCUGGAGAUCCAGCAGGCGUUGCGGGAAGGCGAUCACCAAAUGGUCAUUGGAUCCUGCCGCAGCAUGCUAAUUAAACCGGAACUGCCGCCCAUUCGUCAUGCCCACAUCCUGUCCAUGCUGGUUCGGGCACUGGUCUACGCCAAGGAUUAUUCCGAGGCGGGAAAGGCAUUGAAGCAACUGGCCGUCAAGGACAACACAUGGAGCUCCUCGGGACUUUUAGAUCGCGGCAUUGUGCACAGAAUUGCCCAGGAAUGCGACUUGGACUUUGAUCUCAUCUGGAAUUCGGGACGCCAGGUGACCGCCUCCACCAGCGGCACUGCCGCCACUGGAAUGAGCAGCACCUCUGCCAUGACGACCAGUGACGAUGACGAGGCCGAUGACGAGGAGAUCACCGAGGAGCUGCAUUAGAUGAUUCAAUCUGCGAGCGAUGCAGAACUAGUCACGGCCCUGUUUAUUCCGCAGAGGCGGUGUAAAGUG